UUCUUAUUGGCCGGCGCUGCGCUCGCGCUCCCCCGCUGUCUCGCACUUCCACUCAUUUUUCAAGCGCAGGGGUCCCUGGCAGGCGGCCUUGAGAGCUCUGUAUCUCAGUGCCUUUGUUUUGGCAGUAACUAACGUGAUGAAGCCAGUGGCAUCCUUGCGCUUCUGGAAGGCCACCACUGUGUUGGCAGUGAUGGUGAACCUGAUGCCCCUGAGCCUGGCAGCGGAGUACGAGUACGUAAGCUGGAAGCCAACUGAUACAAUCGGUGGCGGACGAGCUUAUGACAAACCUCCACAAUGUGUGCCCAUCCCAGACGACCUGCGCCUGUGCCAUGGUGUCGGCUACAACCAGAUGCUGCUGCCCAACCUGCUUGAGCAUGAGAGUAUGGCUGAGGUGAGGCAGCAAGCGGGCAGCUGGGUGCCUCUGGUGCACAAGGCCUGCCAUCCGGGCACACGCAUCUUACUCUGCUCUCUGUUUGCACCUGUCUGCAUGGAUCGUCCCGUCUACCCAUGCCGCUUACUGUGCGAGAGCGUGCGCCAAGGCUGUGAACCCAUCAUGGAGGCGUUCGGGUUCCCAUGGCCUGACAUGCUCGCCUGUGACAAGUUCCCUCAGGGUGAUGUGUGCAUCAGCACGCCCAACAACACUGACACAUUCCCAGAGAGCGGUUACUCGCCAGUCUGCCCACCAUGCGACAAUGAAAUGAAAACCGAUGCUAUUCUGGAGCACAUGUGUGCCAGCGAGUUUGCCAUCAAGACCAAAAUCAAGGAGGUGAAACGGGAGAAUUUGGACCGCAAGGUGAUCUUGCAAAAGAAGAGAAAGAUUGUGAAAUCGGGAUCCCUUAAAAAGAAAGACCUGAAGUCCCUCACAUUGUAUCUGAAGAAUGGUGCAGACUGUCCCUGUUCACAGCUGGACAACCUGAGCAGCGCCUACCUCAUUAUGGGCCGCAAGACAGACAGGCAGUUCCUCAUCACCGCCAUCCACAAGUGGGACAAAUCCAACAAGGAGUUCAAAAAGACCUUGAAGAAACUGCAAAGCCACAAGUGCCCUGCUUACGAAAAAGUCUUCAAGUAAUUCAGCAGCCAAAAUAACAUUUCCAUCCUACUUUUGAAUGAACUUGCACAUAUGAGCAACCUGAAAAGCUCCCUUUUGUUUAUAUACAGCCUAUAUUAUAUAUUUCUAUGUAUUUUUCAGACCAACACUUUUGUCUGUAGGUUUUUUGUUUGUGCUGUUUAAGAAAAAGGACAUUAAUUGGAGUGAUUUUACAAUGGUACACUAUCCAGCAAAGUACGAAUCAUUACUAAUGUAUAUAGCCAUGUUAGUCCAGAAUAUGUUCCAGAAUGAACAGAAUUCCUCAUGAAUGUAUCAUUACUUUUUUGAAUCUGUAAACAUCUAGCUUAUUAGGACCACCCUUCUUGGAUCAUUUGAAAAGAUACUUAUAUUUUAAACUGUGAACCCUGCACACAAGAAUUUGAGCCUUGAAUGUUAUCACAUAUGUUGAACGGUAUGUCUCACAUUUUCAGGUAGAGUUGUCUUGCUAUUUUUUUUUUUUCAAUCGUACACUCAUUAUCAUACACUUUGUGACAUAAUCCACAACAUAACCUGUAUUCAGUAAUCAAUCAAAAGAUAAUCAAGCUGCUUUUGUAUUCGUUAUGCUGUGAUUGGUAAAUAGUAGUAGAUGUCCUGGUUCACACUUUCAUGCAAAAAGAGACCACAUACUAUUUUAAUACUUAACCAAGGACAAAAAGCAAGCUUUGUAAACAACAACUAUACACUAUUAUCUUUUUAAUUCCUUUUAGAUCCACAAGAUUCUGGUCUUGUUUGUUUUGCUAUUAUUUUGGGGCUACAUUUUGUGUAUUUUUAAAAUUGCAAUUCAUGCAACAUUAUAUUACAAAAUGCUUCUCGCCUAGUGGUUUAAAAAUGCACAAUAUACAUAUCAAAUGACUCUUUUUUUAACUCAGUGUAGCACUAUUAGUACGAUUUUCAUUUGUGUCUUUUGUAAAAUUAUCUUUUGCCAAUCAUUUUGUACAUAAAAUUCUAACACAAAUAUAGAAUAAAAACUGUGACACAAACACA